GAUGCUUACAAACACGGCGUUCAUAUUCGAGUCUGCUAUUCUUUGAGAUUCCUAAUAUUUCGUUUGAGUCCUUUCAUCUUCACAGUCAUUUUCUCGAAUUCAGCCCAGCAUGUUCAAAUCAGUUUUGAGAGUUGCGCCGAAAGGCUCACGACCACAAUCUAAAUCUGUCAUUAAUACCACUUCUGCUCGACGAUUUUUAAGCACAGCACCACCCUCACAAAAGUCCCGAAGUUGGAAAAGCAGCGCUGCACGAUGGGCAUUGGCAGGUGCAGGAGUAUAUUGGUAUAAUACGAGCAAUGUUUUCGCCGAAGAACCAGAAGCAAUUCAAAAAUUAGAUGAAUCAAUACACAGAGUUCGAGAAUCAGACUUACCCACUCUCGAUGCGGUCAUUGAAGAAAAGCGAAAACGACAAGCAGAACUAGCAGCAGAACAAGAGAAGAGGGAACACGAGUCGGCCGCGAAAGCAGUCGCUGCAGAAGGUGGAGCUGAGGAGGAAGGAGAGAUGGAAGGACUAGAAGAUGAAGCUGGCCAACAAGGCGCAUUCAAUCCGGAAACUGGUGAAAUCAAUUGGGAUUGUCCUUGUUUGGGAGGAAUGGCACAUGGACCUUGUGGAGAGGAGUUCAAAGCUGCGUUUAGCUGUUUUGUUCACUCUACUGAAGAGCCAAAGGGUGUUGAAUGUAUAGAAAAGUUCAAGGGAAUGCAAGAUUGCUUCCGAGCUCAUCCAGAGAUGUAUGCAUCAGAAUUGGAGAAUGAGGAGGAUGAGAUAGAGGAGGAGCUUCGAGCAAGAGAAGCGGCAAAUGGGUCAGGAGAGGGUGGCUCGGAACCGUUGUCUCAAAAGGCCGCAGUAUCAGAAAACCCCGAAGAAAAAUCCGAGAAGAAGUCUGAAGGAAAAUCAGAGCCAGCGAAGCCAACUACACAAAAAGCUACCGAGUCCAAUUCGGAUUCAACUGAAGAGAAACACAGGGAUGGCCGAAACAGCACAACACCUGAGCCUACACAAAAUUCGGGCGAUGAGGGAGGAGAUUUAUUACCACGAGCUGCUCAUGAUGCUACAACAAAGAAAUAAGUCCUUUUAGACUGUAAUUUUAUUGUACAAAUGUAAUACCAAAAAAGACGAAACCAUUGGGCAUUCUUGUUCUUCUGUAUGAUAUAUGAAAACUCAACUCAACUCAUGAUAGUUUGAAUGGUGUUGAUUUUUACCUAUGUUUUAGAUAGGAAGUAUAGUAUGCAAGAGGUAAGUGUUGUGAUUCUUUGUUCCCCAGAGUUGGAAAGCUUUGAUGACAAGAGCCUUCUAUGAUUUUAGAGCAUUUAGUAUUUACUAGGGAAUAUACCGGUACAAAAAUGCUAUUGCUAUCAUUCUGGACAUCGUCAACAACUGACAACUUA